UUAUUUCUUCCCAACCAGCUGUUUCUCUCAAAGUCUUUAUUAUUAUUAUUUUUGAGACGGAGUUUCGCUCUUUUUGCCCAGGCUGGAGUGCAAUGGCGUGAUCUCGGCCCACUGCAACCUCCGCCUUCCUUUUUCAAGCGAUUCCGCCCGAGUAGCUAGGAUUACAGGCGUGCGCCAUCACGCCCGACUAAUUUUUUUUCUAUUUAAUAGGGAUGGGGUUUAACCAUAUUGGUCAGGUUGGUCACGAACUCCUGACCUCAGGUGAUCCACCCGCCUGGGCCUCCCAGAGUGCUAGGAUUAGAGGAGUGGGCCACCACGCCGGGCCUAUUUUAUUAUUUUUAUUUAUGGGGUGCCGCUCUGUGGCCCAGGCUGGAGGGCAGUGGCAGGAUCACAGCUCACUGCAGCCUGGACCUCCUGGGCUCAAGCGAUCCUCACACCUCAGCCUUCCAAGUAGCUGGGACCACAGGCGCGCCACCACACCCUGCUGGUUUUUAAAUUUUUAUGUAGGGACAGUGGUCACACUAUGUUGCCUAGGCUGGUCUCAAACUCUUGGCCUCAAGCGAUCCUCCUGCCUUAGCCUCCCCAAGAUUUGGGAGCAGGCCUGAGCAACUGAGCCUGUGCCAUUUCUCCCAAAGUCUUACCCCUUCAUGGCUGAACAUCCCCUACUUCCAAUUCUUUUCCACAGUGUAUCUGCCUUUGACUGCUACUCUUGUCUUACCCCCAGGAUGGACUUUCUGGUCCUCUUCUUGUUCUACCUAGCUUCGGUGCUGAUGGGUCUGGUUCUGAUCUGCAUCUGCUCGAAAACCCAUUGCUCGAAAGGCCUGGUCAAGGGAGGAGCACAGAUAUUUUCCUAUAUAAUUCCAGAAUGUCUUCAGAGAGCAAUGCACAGAUUGCUUCAUUACCUUUUCCAUACAAGAAACCACUCCUUCAUUGUCCUGCACCUGGUCCUGCAAGGGAUGGUUUAUACUGAGUACACCUGGGAGCUAUUUGGCUACUGUCAAGAGCUAGAGUUCUCCUUGUAUUACCUCCUUCUACCCUAUCUGCUGCUAAUUGUAAACCUGUUUUCGUUCAUCCUCACUUGUGUAACCAAUCCUGGCAUUAUAACAAAAGCAAAUGAAUUAUUAUUUCUUCAUGUUUAUGAAUUUGAUGAAGUGAUGUUUCUGAAGAACGUAAGGUGCUCUACGUGUGAUUUAAGGAAACCAGCUCGAUCCAAGCACUGCAGUGUGUGUAACUGGUGUGUGCACCGUUUUGACCAUCACUGUGUUUGGGUGAACAACUGCAUUGGGGCCUGGAACAUCAGGUACUUCCUCAUCUACCUCUUGACCUUGACGGCCUCGGCUGCCACUGUCGCCAUUGUGAGCACUGCUUUUCUGGUCCAUUUGGUGGUGAUGUCAGACCUGUACCAGGAGACUUACAUUGAUGACUUUGGACGCCUCCACAUUAUGGACACGGUCUUUCUUAUUCAGGAAACUCUUGUAUGUACUGGGAUUAUUCCUGGGCUGCUUGUCAGCUGUUUGUAUUCAGUUUGUCACAUUUGGACACAGUAUCUGUUCCUGACCUUUCCACGGAUUGUCUUCAUGCUGGGCUUUGUUGUGGUCCUGAGCUUCCUCCUGGGUGGCUACCUGUGCUUUGCUGUGUACCUGGCGGCCACCAACCAGACUACUAACGAGUGGCACAGAGGUGACAGGGCCUGGUGCUGGCGUUGUCCCCUUGUGGCCUGGUGUCCGUCAGCAGAACCCCAGAUCCACCAGAACAUUCACUCCCAUGGGCUUUGGAGCAACCUUCAAGAGAUAUUUCUACCUGCCUUUCCAUAUCAUGAGAGGAAGAAACAAGAAUGACAAGUGUGUGACUGCCUUUCAGCUGUAGUUCUCAUUUAUUUACACAUGUGGAUUUGCUCAUUUUCCAA